AAGCAGCUAUUGGCUGUCCUAAAUGUUGCUAGAAGUCGCUUAAUGACGUCAAUCGCCUAAUUAGCAUAAUUGGCCAUGUGCAUGUAAUUGUGUUGGAUGCUGUAGGAGAAGGGAAUAACAUCGUGGGAGAGACUAAUCUGGAUGCAGAGGGGUGAACAUCUCCUGCUCUGACUGCAGCUGGGAAGGACUGCUGCGCGAGGACUGGGCCACUUGUGUGUGCUUUGGGUCGGUGGUGGGACCCACGCCAGCACCCGCUGCUCGUUGAGAAUACGCUCUAUGCCCCCCCGGUGCCCGCCCCAGGCCCCAUGGUUCCCCCAGCUAGCAUGUUUGGCAAUGUACCAGGGUACGAGGACACUUUAGCUGGCGGAGGAGGUGGAUAUCUCCCCCCACCGAUGCCCUUACACCCGAAUCGGGAUCCAGAGCCUGCACCCGUACCACAAGACUGGAACAUCCCCUCCAUCACUGAAGAUGUGGCGCGGGAGCGUUUUAUAAUGUACGCGUCUGGUAAAUGCUGCUAUAACAACGCCCCUGCCAAGGAUGGAGUCAUCACUAACAUGCAGGCGUUCAACACCUAUCGGUACCGGUUGGAGACAUUCACAGAGUCUCGAUCUACAGAGUGGGCCACCAAGCCUUAUGAAGGUGAACCAGCAGACUUCUACACGCAGACUGCCCCACGGCCGUGGGAAAUCCCAGUGACCGGUCCCUCCCUGUUUCAAAAUCACGAGGAGAACAUAAAAGUCCCUUACACUUCAUCUAACAAGCCCUGCCACACUUGUAGUGCCUCUGGAAAGAUGCCCUGCCAUGAGUGCAAUGGAUCUGGAACGAAAGUUUGUUGGGUCUGCAAUGGAUCUGGCAGAGAUGGAGGAGAUGGUCCCUGCAAUCAAUGCAAUCAAAGAGGAAGGGAGAACUGCUCUAAAUGUCAUGGUAACGGGACUAAAGAAUGUGAGACCUGCAAGGGCAAGCAGCAACUGUUGACCUACAUCAACCUUAAAGUCGAGUGGAAGAAUAAUGUUGAAGACUAUGUUGUGGAGCAGAACAGUGGGCUGGAGGUUGACAAUCUGAGCGAUGUGACUGGAAAGACACUCUUCAAAAACGCCCAGUACAUGCUGUAUCCAGUGUAUGGCUUCCCAGAUCCGUCUUUAUCCCAGGCUUCAGACCGUUUGGUUAGAGAACACCAGGCGAAAUACUCCCAGAACUCCCGCAUCCUUCAACAGCAACAAACCAUCGAGUUGAUUCCCAUCACCAAGGUGACCUACAAGUGGAAGGGAGGCAUCCAUGUUUACUAUAUCUAUGGGAACGAACACCAGGUCAAAGUUCCCGACUACCCUGCCACCUGCUGCUGCUCCAUCAUGUAACCAGUCAUGCCAGUCAGCCAGUCAUGCCAGUCAGCCAGCCACUUAACCAUACCUCUUUUGGUGAAUGCGUCACCAGGCCAGCCCAAUACAGCUGGCCUUGACUCGGCGUAGUUCAGCUCCGUAUGAAAAAAGGUUUUGUUUAUCAGUUAGCUAGUUAGUUAGCUAGUUAGUGAGGUAGGUAUUGUAGGUAGGUCUUUAGGGCCUUUUAUCCUCCCCAGGAGUUUAGGGCUAAGUGUAUUCUGAUCAGUAUACUACAUGUUUUAUUUUUAUAAUAAUUAUUGCAGCCCUGGAAUUUCAUGAAUUUGUUUUUUGUUUCAACUUUCAAUUUUUCGCAAGUAAAUUACUUUAUGCAAAGAUGUAGAAAAACUAAAGGCUAUUGAAGCAAAUUGCUGCAUGUCUGAUUAAUUCUUGUUACAUAUACUUUAGUACAGUCAAUAAAGUGAAAAGGUAUUAUUAUUCUAUAAUGAAAUAAAUAAAAUCAUUCAAACUUCAAAGAGAAAAGUUAAUCAUUUAUGUAAUUCUCCCUGUUGUUAGUGUUCAGGUCAGUCUGUUAUGAAUGACAAUGUUAUGCUUUCUGAGUGAGAAUUGUUGCCAGUGUUAUGGUCCAACGAGCUUAUUUUGAGACAUGUAUGAAGUGUUUUGUUGUUUUUGAGUGAGUUUUGGAGGUGAGAUGAACUGUUUGGCCAAGACGCAUGUUGGUAAUGCAGACUGUGUGAAGAGUUUUGAAAAAGUGGCAUCAGUAUUGACCGACGCUUGUUAGCGAAUGAACAAAAAAACUGUAAUGCUGCUUAAUGUACUGUAUAUUUGAUGAAUGAAUUGAUUGCUGAUUUCAGAAGCUGAAAGUAACCUCCAGUAAACCAUUCCACUAAUGA